AUGACCCGGUUUAGGGGAACCGCUGUCGGCGAAAAGCGAUAUAAGUACGCCGAGGAUACUCGACGAGAGCUCGAGGCCACAUGGAGCCUGCUACUGGCGCUGUUUGAGCGCGACGCCGACCUCGAAGCCGUCUACAUUCUUGUGCUGCGAUGGGACGAACUCCGCUACCAAUACCACGCCCUCGAAACCGAGAUCAACGAAAGCCAUUACAAACUUAAUCGGCAAGACCAAGUUUUGUUCGACACAUUGGCUAAGCAGAUAAAGGUCAUCGAACGCAAAAUACCCCACCAAUUUCUUGCAGAGGCUAAUUCGAUAACGACUAAACUUCGACGAGAUAUCUACGAAAAUGCUCGAGAGACCGCACGAAUGUCUAUACGAUUACGAAAAUCGCGAUCUUUGUCACCCGUACCCUCAGCAUCGUCGACAUCUUCGGCAUCGGUGCCGCUGUCUGCUGGCACCAUAUCUUCUGGUCCCAAGCUACCACCACCAUCUAUUCCCACUGAAUCCGCCCCCCAGUUGUCCUCGAUGUCCCCCAAUUCUAUAACAUCAGCGUCGCUGGCGGCUCUGGUGGUUACAGCAUCCACCGAAAGUCCCUCGAUACCCCCACCGCCAGAAGCAGCUAAUUCCGGUACAAGCCGAGCCAAGUCCGUCGAAGGACUGGCUAACAAGUCAAUAUCGCGGGCCGCCACCAAGUCUCCUACUAAUUCUUCCCCACAAGCGGUUGCCAAAUAUGUUGUUGAAAAUACUGUCAAUCCAGUCGCUGAAACAGCCAAUAUAGAUGCUAACAAGUCAAUUGCGAAACCCGUUAUCGAGGUUGUUGUUCCGCCUGCUUCGAAGCCAUCAGGUAAUGAUGUUGCCCAAACAAGUGCGACGUCAGUCGCGAAACCAGCCGAGAAGGUGACUGUCCAGCCAACCACGAAGCCAGCUAGUAACAGAACUGCACAGCUCGCCGAUAAGUCAGCUACCGAACCCGUGGUUCAACCUCCUGUGUCCAAGUCUACCGCCGAGUCCUCUGCAAAGCCUAGUGAUCCACGAAGUACCCAACCCAAUGCUCAGCUGAAUGUCGCAUCAGAAGCCAAGUCAUCCCCUCAAGCAACACAACUGCUGAGAUUUGAGCAUAAUGAUACCGCUAAUCCACUCAGACCUCGGUCAAGCUCACCUGAGUAUUAUGGACGAUCGCUGACUCCACAAACUGGCGACAUUCCCCCGAACCCAAACUCAAAUGAACAUCGAACGGUUGCUGCAAGCACUAGAGCAAGUGACUUUCACGAAGCAGUGGCAGAUCGAUAUGCGGCUUCAAAAAUGCCGGUGAUACAUAAUCAGCAACAAACGCUGCAAACUGUGCCAAGGGUGAGGAGUCCGGCUCCAUACCUCCCCCAAUGGAUGGGAUUGACUCACUGGGGGACGGAAAUGGUUGAUGUAUUGUUUCAUGCCUACGUUAAUGGGCACAGUGCUUAUCAGCGCCAGAAAAUUGCUCAGACAAAUUUUGCACGAUAUGGAGUCAAAGUGGAUGAGUUUGUGUUUCCUACAUUUCUUUGGCGUCAUUAUGGCCUUAUCCCGUGCUAUGGGUUCAAAGGAGAGUCUUUUCGCGAAGCUCUUGAUCGAGUGUAUGCUGAGAUCCCCUACGAGCCAGAGUGUGAGCGUGCUCGGAUCAACGACGCUGUACAAAUAUGUCGCCAGCGCUAUCUGAAGACUGUGAGUGAGAUGGAUGUGGGCGUCCUUUAUCGCGAUUUCUUGCUACGACUCUAUGGUUCUCCUACUGAGCCGAUAGGAAAUCUCGAUCACGCCAAGAAGCUUAUUGAAAAAUACCGUAUAGUUGACGGCUCAGUACUUCGUCCUCCUCGGUCCCGAAAAUUGCCGCAUUUUAAGCGCAAUUGGGCUGAGUCAUUUGAGGAAGAGUGGGUCUUGGACGUCGAUAAUGGUCUCAAUACAGGGGAGCUGGCCUUCAAAAGACCCCGCACGUCAGUUGCUUCGACGCGUUCCAACCCACCGCCACCACCACCGCCACCACCUCCACCACCUCCUCCCCCACCACCACUAUCCGAAGAAGCCAGCAGUAAUACUUCUAUGGAUAUUGAUGUAUGUGAGCAACCUCCGGCGGAACCCGAACAGCAAGUGAUAGAAACGCAGUCUCGGGAGGAGCCCCAACAACAGGUGAUAGAGACGCAAUCUCGGGAGGAACCCCAACAACAGGUGAGAGAAGAGCAAUCUUCGGAGGACACCACGCAACGACAGCCCGUGGAGGAAUCAAAAGAACUUGCAACAGAGUCCACCGUUGAUAUGGUCGAAAUGAAUCGCGUUGUGGUGGAAUCCACACAAUCAACAGUCAAGAAAGCUCUGGUGGGGUUUAUCGUAGAGCACGCAUCGGUGUCUUCUGAUGAAGAGGAUUCACAAGUCAUGUCAGCACCGCCGCCCCCUGCUCAAGUUGCACCAUCGUCGUCAUUCCCCUAUCCACAUGUAGCGUCUACCCCGCGUGUUGAGGUGGAAGCUACGCAAUCGUCGCUGCUUGAUCUCCAGCUGUCACCAAACAAGAUGCCGCAGGCGGCCCCACAAUCUGUUCAUAGCCCCAGUGUGAGCCACGAUAACGAGACUACCACCACCAACCUUAUUCUGUCCCAAGUGGCGGCGACAGACCCUCAUGCUUCAGCCAUUCUGAGAGCUAAAGCUCGCAAACCUGCCAACCUCUCUCGGCUUGAGCUACUUAACAUCGAGCGAGAAGUGCUUAUUAAAGCCAAAAUGGGUGACUUUGACGGCUCACACGCAUUGUAUCGAGUCGAUUCUUUCAUUCAUAAUCGCUUCUCUAAAGAGUUGCUGUUCGAUCAGAUCAAAGAGAUUGCCCAAUCGUGUGGCAUCACCAUUGAUGACAAACCUAAAACCUUUGUGAUACUUGAUAGCACAUCUUCGGAGAAUACGCCCGAUUCUCUGAUGAUCGUUGUUAAAGCUGAGGAAGAAGAUGCCUUUCCGGAUGCUGCCAUAGAAAAAAGUUCAGAUCUCUUUGUUGCACAAGCAACGCAAGACUCUCCGCCAAAUUCACAAUCAACGCAACUCGCAAUUGUCGAUCCGGCGCAAGCACCUGUUCAUGUCUCCACUUCGCAAGCGGAUGAUAUUCACAACUUGCCUAGUAUCGACGAUCCCGCAUUUGUCGAGCUUUUGCAACAAGCUAACGCGGUUAUCCCGUCAAUUGCAGAUAACCGUGCGGGACAGAUAGCCAACUUCAUUCGCACUCAACUGGGGUGGAAUUUUCCUGAUCCCAUCAUUUCUGAUAUCUUGGAUAAUCUCGAUGAUAAUGAUGACGAUGACGACGUCAUCGAGAUCGGGGACGCAAAAUUGGUGGCAUGGGAUGACUCGAAGCUCUCGCUGCAAAAUGAAUCGAUGGCAGUAGCGCCGUACGACUCGAUGGCAGUAGCACGAGAGUAUACUUUUCACGAUAAUUUGAACGAGUUUGCCGAGGCCAAUGAAGAGCUUCUUGACAGUAUGUGUCAAAACAUACCUGACGACGUAUACUGGCGCCCGAACAUGGAUCGAGUGUUGAUAUGUGUUACAGAAUGGCAUGCGUUGCUGGUGGAUUUGCUGCCACUGCUGACGAGCCACAUUGACUUGAUUAGACAGUGCACAGGAGCACUUCUUGAAAAUGGACUUAUCACCUACUAUAAUACUGUGGAACAAAGAUUACAGCAACUUAUUGAUUAUCAGGCAUUGACGCCGCGAGCGGUUGACCUUAUUCGCCGUCUCUACCCUGACAAGAAACCGGAAAUUUGA